AUGCCGCUAAAAACUAAGCGAGUAUUAUUGCCUAAUUCGAGGCAAACCGGGUCCGCAAUUAGCGAUAACGGCGGAGAUGCGAGAGUGUCGCCGAAGACUAUCUACCGUACUCUUACAAAGAUAGUCUCUAAAGGGUAUAGAUUGCUACGACUUCUAGUAUACGCAGCGGUAGAAGAGAAUGCGCUAGAUUAUAUUGCUAGCAUAGACGUGCAACACGAAGGAGGCUAUAAGAGCCGUUUCUCCGUUACAAAUAUCGUAAUUGUCUUGACAGCCUACUAUAAGGCAUAUAUUAUUAGCUUUAAUCUUAGCUGUCUAGUCGCUACUAGUUAA